AUAAGAGGAAAAGGUGGGGGGAAGGGAUGGCGCACAGAGGCAUAAGAGGGGAGCCUUAAAGAAAUUGGACAACCCCGCGAGACUUUAGUGGGCGUGGACAGCGAGGCCAGGGCUUCCUGCUCGGAUGAACACGUGGUUCCGUGUCUGCCUUCCUGCUCGUCUGUCAGUGUGUGUGUGAAGGUUUCCAGCCCUUCUCUCACUCCUCUCCCUUUCAUCCUCCCAUACAGCAGACAGCACACCACCUUCUCUCCUUCCUCCGUCCCACCCGCACCUCCCCAUCCUCCCGCUACACUUUCCUCCUCUUUGCGACGGGACUGCCGACAGCCAGGCCGCGGUCACUUCAGCGUGGAUCAGCUCAGAGAGGGAGAACGAGUGUGUGUGUGAGUGUGUUAGUGUGUGUAUAUGUGUGUGUGGAAGUGUGAGUGAGUGAGUGAGUGAGUGAGUGCGUGUGCGCGCACCCGCCGGCAACCGGUCCAUCCGCGUUAUUCCCCCUCACCCCUUCCCGCUAUCCUGCCUCGUUGCUCGGUCAUGACGCUGGAAGCGAUCCGCUACCGGACCGGGUCUCUGCAGAUCCUCAACCAGCUGCUGCUGCCACACCAGACCGUUUACGAUGACAUCCGCUCGGUGCAGGACGCUUAUGAGGCCAUCAAGUCCAUGAAGGUGCGCGGGGCUCCGGCCAUCGCCAUCGUUGGCUGUCUCAGCUUGGCCGUGGAGCUGCGGGCAGGCGCCGGAGGUGACGACCCUGUGACCUUCAUCAGGGAGUCUCUGUGUCACCUGACCUCAGCGAGGCCCACCGCCGUCAACAUGGGCCGCGCCGCCCGCGAGCUGAUGGAGUUUGCAGAGAAUGAGAGUAUGGAGAAGAACUCUGAGCAGCUCAGAGAAAGUGUAAUUGCCUGGAUCGAAGACAUGCUGGAGCGUGACGUCAAUGACAACAGGAAGAUCGGUAACUAUGGAGCUCAGCACAUCCUUUCUGGCGUCCCGAGGGACUCGGUGACCAUCCUCACACACUGCAACACCGGCUCACUGGCCACAGCUGGAUACGGGACGGCGCUGGGCGUGGUGAGAAGCCUCCACGCGCUGGGCAGGCUGAAGCGCGUGUACUGCACAGAGACGAGGCCGUACAACCAGGGGUCCAGACUGACGGCGUACGAGGCUGUAGCGGAGGGAAUCCCUGCCACGCUUAUAACAGACAGCAUGGCCGCCCUCACCAUGAGGGAGAUGGACAUCACAGCUGUGGUGGUGGGUGCAGACAGGGUGGUUGCUAACGGUGACACAGCCAACAAGGUCGGCACGUACCAGCUGGCCAUCGCCGCUAAGCACCAUGGGAUACCUUUCUAUGUGGCGGCACCCAGCACGUCGUGUGACCUGAGCCUGGAGAGCGGCAGGGACAUCAUCAUCGAAGUGCGCCCCCCCGAGGAACUCACUUCUAUAAACGGGGUUCCCAUCGCUGCCCCAGGUAUCGAAGUGUGGAACCCGGCCUUCGACGUGACCCCUCACCAGCUCAUCACAGGAGGCAUCAUCACAGAGCUGGGAGUCUUCCUCCCCUCUGAGCUCCAGGCGGCACUCACCGGCCGCCUCACUGCCCUCUAGAGCCACUCGGCUCCUCCUGCUGGUCCGUGUGCACCACUGCACGUUUACGUCACACUAAGAGACACUUUCUCAUCAUCACAGAUAACGCACAGUUGUAUUUCUAAUUGAAUUUUGUUCAAUACACAGUCACUGUUGCAUUCAGUGGUGCACACAGGAGAAAAAAAUCUUGUCACUUUUCCACAUACACAGCUACAUAGUCUCACUGCAGGGAGUCGAGUAGCCACACACGUGCAGUCUCCCCUUUCUUUUAAAUCCCUGUUCUGUCUUUGCCUUUCACCUCCAAAGCUUUCCAUCGCAUCUGUCAUUGUCUCUUUCCGCCUCUCUCUCUUUCCAAAUGGCUUCUGUACCAACAAAAAAAAGCUCAGCUGGACUCGAACCCAGAAAUUCAAUUUGGCAAACAAACCUAAAUGAGACCUAAAAGUCACAUUUUAACAACUUAAAUAAUAAAACGAAAGUCUAAAUAGCACGACUGGUUCUUUAAAUUGAAACAAGUCGUGGUUUCUAAAAUGCUGCUACCUACUUGUAAAUAUAUAUAUCCUUGCUGGUAGUGUGUACAUAUGUAGAAACUAACCCCUGCUCGUGAAACGCGCCGCUUUUUCAUCCAAAUAAGCGGUUAUGUAAAAAAUACAUUUCCCAUCUAAAAAUGUUAUAUUAACAUUUCAUGUCUUUUGCUCAGUGUAGGAACUUUUUUGUAAUAGACAAAUUCAAAUUUUUAGCUCAUAGUCUUAAUAUGGAAGAAUUGUGUUUCUCACUUUUUAACCCGUGUGUCAAAAUAAUUGGAACGAUCGGUCACGCUAGUCAGCUGAAGCCUUUAACGUCACAUGGCUGCUUUUAUACCUCACUCCUUAUUUGCGUCUUGCUCUUCCCAGUUAUACUGUAUCAUACCACACAUGUACUCUCAUAAUAGACUUGUAUAAACUGAUCAGCCACAGCAUUAAAACCACCUGCAGAAACGGGUCCAGAUCGGUCUCUUUCUGAUGCAUCCCGUGGCCGCUCGAUCAGAUUGAGAUCCGGGGAGUUUGGAGGCUGGUCAGCACUUUGGGCUGCCUGUCACGCUUCUCUGUAGGGAAGAAUCAUUACAAAAAAUAGGAGUUAAAGGAGUAGUUUGCUUCAAAAUGAAGGUUUAGUUAUUGGCUUGUGUGCACAUCAGUCGAGACUUUUAAAAUAAUUUUUUGAUGUCAGCUUUCCUGCUUAGAAACGAAUCUCUCUCCAGAUGGUGCGUUUAACGACAUCAGCCUCAACACACGAAAAGCUCCACAAAAAAGGAUUUUUACUCUCACACUUCCUGCUCUGCGUGACGCAGCAGACAAACACAGCUGACAAGUAGAAGAAAGAGAUGGUUGCUUUGAUUUGACUCCAAGUUAAUGGUUAGGUUGCUCUGUGACCACAGAGUGUCAUCAUAACAAACUGCUUUGCUAACACAUCCGCCUUGAUGGCUUGUUUUAACAUUGGCUUAAGCAGCCUAAUGAUUAUAUUCCAAACCAUGUGAGUGAAAUCUCCAGUGUUCAGUCCUUUGUUGCGUGUCAUACACCCACAUCUCUGCCUUUAUGUCAAGCUGCUCUUAACUGCCAAAUAAAUACCAAAAUACUCUUUUAAUAUCUCUGUUACUUUGUGUGUUGUUAGUUUGUUUUGCCACUAAAGUGUGGAAAACAAAUCAUUGCAGUUUUAAAGCCCUCCAGUAUUGACAUCAUGCUGGCGUUUCAAAGUGUCAGAGACACAAAACUUAGUCUAAAGGUUAAGUCUUAGAUUUCAGACUAACUAGUUGGGCCAUACAAACCUGAGAGACUGUCACAAAUUUAAUGUGGGGGUGAGCAGGAGCUGACUGUCUCUUUUUGUGGGGGUGUGAACCACUCGUUUAUGAUGGAGGGCAUCUUCUGCGUUACGUACUUUUACGCCACCACCAAUGAGAAUGUAACAUUUAAGUCGUAUAAAUGUUGUUUUCGUUUGGGGCCGGACGUCAGACACUCAGCCACUUCUUGCCUUUGCGCUCACCUUCGAAUGUGUUUCGACCGCUUGGACUAAUCCCUCCUCAUAAACUGAAAUGUGUUUUACAAAGAUCGACUCCCAGACAAGCUCACGACUCGCCGAAAUCUGUGCCGUGAGCGACUGAAAGCAGGUCGAUAUCAAGAAGUACACAAAGGUUUUGUUUUGUUUUUUUCUCAGAAGUUAUUGUUUGACAUUUCUGGCCCCUGACUUUCUUUUCUCUAUCCUGAUGAAAGAACAGGACUAUAAAGGAAAAAUGAAUUUCAUAAUAGUAGGAAAUGCCAGACUCGUCUAGUGCUGAAACUAUUUGUACAGGAAAAGAAUGAAUAUCUUAACAAUAUAGCAGUUGUUUAAAGGGAACCUAUUAUGCUUUUUUCCAGAUCCAUAUUUUUAUUCUUGGGCUCUAGUAGAGUAGAUUUGCAUGAUUCACAGUUCAAAAUAGUUCUUGUUUAUUCUAUUUAUCCUCCAGUUCAUGCCAUCUGAAACAAGCCAUUUUAGCUCCUGUCCAUGGAAGACCACUCUCCCUUUAAGAAAUCCCUUUAUGAGCAUCCAGCAUUGUAACAAUAUGUGUGAAUUUAUAACAGAAAAUAAAGUAUUUUCACACAAAAUACUAGUUGAAAUUUUACAACCAAUCUUUGGAUAACUUGAAGUCACCUUCAAGUUAUUUGCUAAAUUACUAACUGAUAAAUGCAGGAUCGUUAGGCAGAUUGAUUGAUGCAAGCCUGUGUUUGAGGUCUUGCAUCGCAGGGUUUUGUGUGUGAUUUGAAUGCACUGAAUUUUUGCCACCUGGCCUGUGAGCUUACGGUGCAUUUGUGGUUGCGAGAGGCUUCGUAGAAACAUCCCAGACGUCUCUUAUCUGCGUGGUGACACCUAAUCAUUUACUGAAAGUCACCAGGUCCGCACUGUUUGCUGCCUUACAGGUGCAGCCUGAUUGUAGCUUACUGAUGUAAUGCAGUAAUCCCCUCGCUCCGUCCUUCAACAGAGUUCAUAUCGUGUUGCCAGGGUGCUUAAAGGCUGAGGUAGGCAGUAAUAUUUUUUUGUGGUUAUUAGACAAAAAAUCCUUUAAUAACCUUUCAGCAUAUUGUAAUUCAAGUGCUCUCAGAGGAAACUAGACCUCUGAACCAUCUCUUCACUCUGUUUUCAGGCUUUAUUAGAUCUAGAUGUCUUUGUUCGAUCACAGGCCUAAUGGCUCCUCUGCAGAUGUGCAGAGGAGUCCUUUGCACAUACUUCAGAUUGUGAAAAGUAGCAGAAAUUCCUGAAGGAAAAUAUGAUUUUCAAAAUUCACUGCUUGCACUGCAUCGCAGGCUGGUUUUUUGUUUUGUGGUUUUCCUUGUAUAUUACCUAAAACUCUGCCAUAGCAAUUGGAAGGUAACAUUUUUGUUUCAUUUAAAAAUACAAAGCCUGAUGGCAUGUUGAAAUCUCAGACUUGCCUGUUGGUGGCAUGUUUUAUGUCUGUUCAAACAUUUCUGCCUCGUGCAGAAAGAACCAAACCUUGUUAAAGACGCCCUAAAAACACGGACAGCGUUUUGAUUUUUAUGCUCUGUGUCAGAAAAUGCUAUCCCACUCCUACACACAGUGUGUCCACUCUUUUGUGAGUGAGUGGAUUUACCUGCACACUCGUAUAAUGGGGAAAUGUGUGCAUAUAAACACACAUGAAACGUGAUUGUACUCCUACAUGCGUCAGUCAGUAUCUGUGUAAAUGGCCGGAAACUGCUGAGAUGGCUCAGCUGAUACAUAAAUGAGCGGAAACUCGAUACUGUAAUUACGCAGGGUUAUGACUAACAUCAAGGUUGAAAAGCAGUGCUCUAGACCAGCAUGGUAAUGUGCAUGUAAAUGCAUUUACUGACUCGAUUAGAGAGAUGUCAGAGGUCUGGCCACAGGCACCACCACCUCACACAUUGACUGCCUGCUACACAACUUCACUACUCUACAGGACCACAGGGAGGUUCUGAGAAAACAUCAUUUUAAAAAAGCUUAGCGCCAAUAAUUACGACAGUGUCUAUUGUCUAUAUCUUAAAAAAUGCUGUAAUGUAAGCUAAUUUCUUCACUUUCUUCCUCAUCAAUCAUCACCCCUCUCACCCAUCAAACCUCAAUUCACAAAGAUGCUGGUAGGUCACACGCAAGUGUUAAAAAAAAAUUACUUUCGUUUUGUAAAGUUAAAGACUUCAUGAUUUUUUUUGGGGGGGGGGGAUUUUAGACAAUUUUCCUGACAUAUGUAGCAAUUUUAUGGCCCGUUAGAUGCGCCGCCUGUCAUUUCUGUUUAAGAGGUACAAGAUUUUGUUUGUCUGUAGGUCAUGAUUAUAACUGUUCUGCUGUGGUUUGUUGGUUUAUUUCAUGAUUUCAUUGUGAUUCUUAGUGACUAGGCCAUUAGAGCACCACACUGGGGAGGCCUCCUCAACCAUACGCACUACCUCUCCGUCUGCCUGCACGGACUCGAACACUGAAAUGCAUGAACACAAGCACUUAAUGCGCCAGCCUGCAGCAGAGCAGAUUGACAAGGUUGAUAAAAAGAAAUACGGAUUAAAAUUUUCACUCAUGUUUGUAUCUUGAAUGCUAAGUGACAAAUAAUUUGUGGCGGUGCUUUUAGUUUGCCAAAGUAGCCUAGAUUCAGGCUAGUCUGUUAUUUUAGGUUGCAGUUGAAUUACAAUACCUUGCAGAUGUCUCAAGUUAUCCCUCAUUUCUUUAUAUUUCACUUCUAAUAAGCCACAUUUUCCUGUUAUUUUUUUUAAAUUUUAUUUCAAGUGGUCUUGAGUAAUAGUUCUGUAGGCUUUCUAAAGGUCUUUCAAAGUUCUUCUUUGGACAUUGGCUGCUACAUAAAAUAGUAAAAUGGUAUAUUUGCCCCAGCAAUGUGAUUCCUGAAUAGCUAUUAGCCAAAAAUUUGGCAUAUCUCGGCAUGGAGUGCUCUGAGUUCUUAAAAAAAUUUGAGGAAAGUGGACAAAAGAAGAAAAGGCCGGUCUGUAGAAGUAUCUACAGCAGAAAGUGUUUUUUGUCUUAUAUACUUACUAGGGGUGCAACAAUACAUGUAUCGGUAUUGAACUGUUCGAUACAGUGCUUUCGGUUCGGUACGCAUAAGUAUCGAACAAUACAAAAUUUUAAUUUAUUUUAUCAACUUUUCUUCUGGCGAUGCUGUCUGUGUUGAGAGCUCAGUGGAUCUGCGUUCCACUACUCCGCCUACGCUGCACAGUCGAGCGCA